AUUCUUUCUCGAAGUCUAACUUCCUGUCAUUCCUUGUCAAUUCAUACGAUACCUAAUUAUAACUCUCUUUAAUUUUCUUUUCACACACAUCAUCACCAUGAAGGCUGCUUUCCUCACUGCUCUCGCCGCUCUGGCCACCUCCGCCAUCGCUGCCCCUACUGGUGGAGUGUCUGACCUCACUCAGGUCACCAAGUCCCUGUCUUCUUCCAGCUCCUCCGUCUCCAAUGGCGCUGCUGCUUCCUCUGCUCCCGGCUCUGCUAGCGGCCACGUUGUUCAGGACCUGGGCGGCAACGUCAACCAGAUCCUUACCGUUACCGGGCCUAAUGCCAAGCAGCUCCUCAUUCAGCUGAGCCCAGAAGUUGCUUCUCUUCUUGCCGGCCUUGGUCUUCCUGGUGUUGGAAAAUCCGUGGGCAGCAUUGUCAAGACCGCCGGCAACGUCGGUGACUUGCUGAAGGACCUUGCUGGACCUGUUGACAAUCUGCUCACAGUUGUCGGUCAGGAUGGCGGUGUUCUUCUCAUUCAGCUCGAUCCCUCCCUUGUUGGCCUCCUCUCCAGCCUUGGCCUGCCUGGUGUUGGUGUCCCCGUCGGGACUGUUGUUGCUACUGUCGGUGAAAAUCUGAAGCGCUCCGAGGGAGCCGACGGCUCCAACGGCAAGAUCGUUGAGGAUCUUGCCCCUAAGGUCAAGGACGUUCUUGAGGUCACUGGCCCUAACGCUAAGCGUCUUCUCAUCCAGCUCAGCCCUUCUGUUGCUUCUCUCCUCGCCAACCUCGGCCUCCCCGGUGUUGGAACCUCCGUGGGCUCUAUUGUCAAGACCGCUGGCAACGUUGGUGACCUCGUCAAGGAUCUCGGCAAGCCCGUUCAGGGACUACUCACUGUUGUCGGCCAGGACGGCUCCUACCUCCUCAUCCAGCUGUCUCCUAGCCUCGCUGGUCUCGUCAGCGGUCUCGGACUCCCGGCUGUCGGUGUUCCGGUCGGCACUAUUGUUGCCACCCUCGGUGACAACCUGUAA